CAAAAUUCUAUAUUUUUAUAAGAAUCUAAUAGCCAAUAGGAAUCCAGUUGAGGCCAUAGAGAAAAUAAAUCCAUCCAUGGCCGAUUUUAUCGCUGUCAAGUCUCUAUUUCCAUUUCAAUUAUGAAGCAUCUUCAAUGAUUUUAAGUGUGUUUAAAAAGUGCAAGUGAUAGUGUGGCGGCGCGGUCUUGGUGAUAGGGCUCGUUGGCUGGCGACGCCAUGUUCAGCGGGACGGUGCGGGUCAAGGUGUGCGAGGCUACAGGCCUCAGGCCGACCGACUUUCAGAAACGGCACAACAUGACCUUCGGGAAACCAGACGACCAGCCCAUAGACCCGUACGUUUCCAUCGACGCCGACGAGCACCACCUAGACCGGUCCAACACCAAGCCUAAGACAUUUGACCCUGUGUGGAACGAGACAUUUAUUCAUGAAGUGCAAAAUGCUACCAACCUGGGCUUCACAGUAUUCCACGAUGCGGCCAUUCCUCCCGACGACUUUGUAGCAAACUGCACUAUUCCUUUUGAAGAUCUGAUGCACAGAGAUAAAGACGCCACAGACUUUUGGGUGGACUUAGAACCUCAAGGGAAGUUACAUCUAAAAAUUGAUCUGAAAUGGAAUUCUCAACCGAGCACUGGGUCAACAAGUACGCGCGCGGUGCGCGGGCGCGAGUUCAAAGAGGGUGCGGGCUUCAACCGGCGUCGCGGCGCGUUGAGGCGGCGCGUGCACCAGGUCAACGGCCACAAGUUCAUGGCCACCUUCCUGCGCCAGCCCACCUUCUGCAGCCAUUGCAGAGAGUUCAUCUGGGGACUCGGCAAGCAAGGCUAUCAGUGUCAAGUAUGCACGUGUGUGGUGCACAAGAGAUGCCACUCCUCUGUUGUCACCAAGUGCCCAGGCAUGAAGGAGGAGCAAUUGGCUGUAGGAGUAUCGGGCGGACAGCGCUUCAGUGUGAACGUACCGCAUCGCUUUGUGGUCCACUCCUACAAGCGCUUCACCUUCUGCGACCACUGCGGCUCCUUGCUCUACGGCCUCAUCAAACAGGGCUUGCAGUGCGAGGUGUGUUCGAUGAACGUCCACAAACGAUGCCAAAAGAAUGUGGCCAACAACUGUGGCAUCAACACCAAGGCGAUGGCCGCCAUCCUCAACGAGAUGGGCAUCUCGCCCGACAAGAACCCGAGACCGCGCGCCUCCAAGUACCUAAACACACCCCUUCUGGAAGGUCCUCCAGACUUGGUUUCCGAAGACGGCAAAGAUCCAGAUAAACAGGACAAGAGUGCGGCGCCGCCGUGGGAGUCGGAGUGGGCAGAGCUGCAGGACAUAUUCACGUGCUACGAAGGAACGCUCGCGAAGCAGGCGCCGGUGUGGAGGUCCGCGUGGGACGAGCUCCAGGACAUAUUUGGGUCCUACGAAGAAGGGGGUGAUGGCGCGGGCGACGCGGCGGGCGUCAAGGUGUCGCUGGACGACUUCCACUUCAUCAAGGUGCUGGGCAAGGGCUCCUUCGGCAAGGUCAUGCUCGCCGAGAAGAAGGGCACGGACGAGGUGUACGCAGUGAAGGUGCUGAAGAAAGACGCCAUAAUCCAGGACGAUGACGUGGAGUGCACGCUCACAGAACGACGCGUGCUGGCGCUGGCGGCGCGGCAUCCCUUCCUCACGGCGCUGCACUGCGCCUUCCAAACCCCCGAGCGACUGUUCUUCGUCAUGGAGUACGUCGACGGAGGAGAUCUCAUGUUCCAAAUCCAAAGAGCGCGCAAGUUCGACGAGCCCCGUGCUAGGUUCUACGCGGCGGAGGUGACGCUGGCGCUGCAGUUCCUGCACUCGCACGGCGUCAUCUACCGCGACCUCAAGCUGGACAACAUCCUCCUGGACAGCGAGGGCCACUGUAAGCUGGCUGACUUUGGCAUGUGCAAAGAGGGCAUACUGGACGGUGUGACCACGACGACGUUCUGUGGGACACCCGAUUAUAUCGCUCCAGAGAUUCUGCAGGAGCUAGAGUACGGCCCAUCAGUGGACUGGUGGGCGCUGGGCGUGCUACUGUAUGAGAUGCUGGCGGGACAGCCUCCCUUCGAGGCGGACAAUGAAGACGAUCUGUUCGAAUCUAUCCUGCACGAUGACGUGUUGUACCCCGUGUGGCUUUCUAAGGACGCUGUCUCUAUACUCAAAGGCUUCAUGACCAAGAACCCGUCGCGGCGGCUGGGCGUGGCGGGCGGCGCGGCCGGCAUCCGCGCGCACGCAUUUUUCCGCGACAUGGAUUGGGAUGCUCUUGCACAGCGUCGACUGCGUCCGCCCUUCAGACCAAAGGUGAAGAGCAAGCGCGAAGCGGCGAACUUUGAUGCGGAGUUCACGAAAGAGGAGCCGUGCCUCACGCCCGUGCCGCAGGACGUGCUGCGCGCCAUCAACCAGGAGGAGUUCAAAGGCUUCUCGUUCGUGAACCAAGACUUCAACCCGGCGCCGCCCGCCGCGCCGCUCGCCUGAAGACGCGCCCGUCGCGCCACACGUCACGGUAUCAUCCAUUGUCGCAAGUACACACACGUACAUCCGACCGUCGCGUUGCCUUGUCGCAACUACCGCCGAAUGUCGCGUCGUCGCAAGGAACUACGACUGUCGCGUCGUCGCAAGGACGUCCGACUGACGUUUUCGUAACUACAUCCGAUUUUCAUGCUGUCGCAAAUCCAUCUGAUUGUCGUGUUGUCACACUUAUUUAUGACCGUCGUGUCGUCGCAAGUUCAUCCGACUGUCGCGUUGUCGCAACUGCACACGACUGUCGUGUCGUUACAACUGCUGUCGCGUCUGGAGCGGCCUUGAGGGUUGCGCUCGUUCUGGUUCCGAGAUUUCUACGCCGCCGGUUGAACUCUGGUCAGAUUAUAAUUUCGUUAGUUUCACUUGUACCGAAAUUGACUUUUACAUAAUAUGCCGCUUAUAUCAACAGUCUCUAACCAUACUUUUUAACGACUACCAAAAAAGAUUCUCAAGUUAUGGCGUGACCAAGAGAAAUAGGGGUUCAUUUAUGCAUAAAUAAUUUCUUACCACUUUAUUAAUCAAUAAUUGCAUUAUCCAGUAGUAUUUAUUUUGGGCUUUGAAUGUUGAUUUUUCUGCUCUAUACUAAUUUGAAAAGGUGUUUUUGCACGGAAUGUGAUACCAUGAAUCAUAUUUUAAUUCUUUCUCAUUACAUUCGUCAAAAUGUUGAAUUAGCCCAGAAAAAAAAACUAAUUUAGGGACUGUUGAUAUAACUGGGCGACAUUUUAUUUAUUGCCAGAUAUUAUUUCAAUUAUGGUAAAAAAAUGGCUUUUUUCAAUAAGUUUCGUUGAUCAUAGCAUUAGAAAGUAACAAAUAUUUACUGUAGAACUGCCCGAUCGAACUUCAUAUUAUCAAAGUACUAUUUAUACUGUUGAAUUAGGUUGUAAGGAUAUAGAUAUGACGUUCACUAGCCGGGAUAUAUUAUGACGUACCUAUUUUACGCGAUCUUUUCCGUUGUAGCCUCAUACUCUGUCCACGGAGAGAAGUUAGUAUAGGGUUCUCUCUGUUACGUAAUCUCAUACAAAUGAUAGAGCUAAAAACUCAGUGAGCGUUAGCCAUUUUGAGUCACCAACCAAUCACAAACGAAACAUCUUUCGUAUUGAAUUUCGAAUGUUUUUUGAAAACAUGUUUGUGAUUGGUUGGGGAAUCAAAAUGGUUAACGCCCACUGAGUCUUUUGGCUCUGUCAUUUGUAUGGGAUUACGUAACAGAGAGAGCUCUAUAACUUCUCUCCAUGGAUAGACUAUACAUAGUUUAGUUUGCUGCAGACUAAAUGAACUUACAGCGUGAAAUAAUGGUUGUUUUCCCGCAACAGAACAAUUUGCCCUUAGUAGUACUAUUGAAAAAUAGUUUUUUAUUUUUAUUUUUAUAUAGUAAACAAAAAAUAUUCAAACUGGAAAGUGUGAGAAACAAUAGUAAUUCACUAGACAUAAUAUAGUUACUACUCGAAUCGUGUACAUACAGUGAAAACGUUUAGUGCAAAGUAAGCUCUCGUGCAUAUUCAUACGGCAUAAACUAGCUUGCACGCAUUUCUGGUUUGAGGUCGAUUUUGAGAUUUGUUAAACACAUAAAUAUAUAUUAAAAAGUUUCCAAUAAACUGAUACAAGUACUUUGAAUCAUCAAGUGCAUCUACCAAUGAUUCAGAAUGCGUUUCCUACCAUGAAGAACCAGCAAGAAACUCUGGUUGUUCUUUUCAAAGAUUUGAUAUACAAUAUUAUG